AUGGAAGACGAUCAGGGAGGGUCAUGCUUUCACACAGGGGUUCUGUGUCUCCUCCUGGGUCUGGUUUUGACUGAACUGUCUCACCUCGAAGCCAAACCACACGACUUUGUGUGUGUGAGCGAGGCCAGGAAGGUCAUGUACAAGGUCAAGGAUCUGCAGGAAGAUCUGGCCCAGUGCAGCACUGCAGUGUUUCUCCCUGCUCCAGUCCGAAUUCCCUGCAUCAAGGUGAACAUCAUGAACUGGAAAAACAAACCUAUCCCAGAGCGCACAGCUGAGAUCCUGCAGUCUUUGGCGAUGUUGGCACAGGAUAUUCACAAUGCCAGGAAUGGAAGCCAAGCUGAUUGUGCGCUCAAACUGCUAGGCCGCUUUGAGCACAACAUCAAAAACUACAUACACACACUCACACAGCUCCACAGCCAGAAUGGACUGGAAGGGCCAAAAGUUCCAGAAUCUCCCAUUCAGCAAGUCUCACAGGAUCUAAAUCAGGUUCUGCAACAGUUCGACCGUCUGAUCUCCAGAAAACUGGAAUUGCUCAUUAGUGAAAUGGUGAAAGAAUGUGAGACAAAAACAGCUACUUAAAAACCACAAAUGAGACAUCAGGGACAGGAGAACAGAAGGUCAGACACUUGACAGGAUGCCUACUGAGGCUGCGUAGAAACAUGGAGACAGAGCACCAUCUUCUGGUGAAAGAUUCCACUAUAUCCUCCUGCACUUAAUGAGUCCAGAGGGACAUUAGAAGGAUGCAAAGAUGGACAUGCUAAACACUUCACCUUCUUCUGGAUGUAAAAUACAAUGAAAAAUGUAAAACAUUAUUUUUAUACAGAGACUUUGUAUUUUACUUUGUCAUUGAUGCACUCCUUUGUAAUUACAUGACUCCAUUUCCACUU